GAACAUUGCGCAAUGGCCACUUUCCAUAUUCAUCAAGAUGCCGAGAAGGAAAAUCCACAUAUGCCUGCAGCAUUAAAGGAGAAAACCUUGGCCACUGGCAGCAACAGAGUGAAUGCCUUACAGCCUUCUAUUCUCGGAGCAGCCGCUGGUCCUAUAAAAGGAAAGCAAGCUGAUGGUGCAGGCCGCAGCAACUUGGCUGUGCUAAACGCAAAUACAAACAACGGACAUGGACGCAACACAGCUGGAGGUAUGGCGGGUAGCAAAGUGGCGUUUCGAGAAGUUGGAAAUGCAAACACACACAAUGAGAAUACUGCAAUAUUCGCUGCAGCGGCGGCAGCGGUCAAGAAAACCGUAGUGGAACAGUUUCAAUCAUUUUCUGUAUAUGAAGAUCAACCAGAUAUGGUCCAAAAAUAUUUUCAACCACAUUUUGUAGCCGCUGAUUCGUCCACUUCGACUUCGUAUACAUCGGCGAUUGCAUCUACAGAAAUCACACAGACAGAAAAGGAAAAUAUUUACACAGUCCAACAAAGCCGUCACAUUAAAAACGAUUUUAGUGAAUCCUCAACAAAGGAGAAUAGUGUUAAUGAUGAAUGCGCUUUGGAUACCACACCGAUGUCCGUUUCCGAGGUGCUUUCACCGAUGUCGGUUGAUCGCUCUCAUAUUGGCAUUACUCAACCAUCCGAUUCGCAAUUGUUGGAUGAUGACAAUGACGACAAAAAAGUCGCUGAUUUAACCAUCGAAGAGGAAGAGCGGGAACGGCGGCACCUCGUACCCCGUAAUGACCGUCAACGUUUCUUUGAAGUAGUGGAAUACCAAAGGAAUAUUUUGGAAUAUUUUCUCGAAAGUGAGAAGAAACAUCGUCCUAAACCACACUAUAUGCGUCGCCAGGCUGAUAUUAAUCAUUCAAUGCGUACAAUUCUCGUUGAUUGGCUGGUAGAAGUGUCUGAGGAAUACAAUUUGGAUACAGAAACCCUAUACCUUUCCGUAUCGUACAUUGACCGCUUCCUUAGCCAAAUGUCAGUAGUACGCAGCAAAUUGCAAUUGGUUGGCACAGCAGCAAUGUAUAUAGCAUCAAAAUACGAGGAAAUUUACCCGCCAGACGUCGGCGAGUUCGUAUUCAUCACUGAUGACACCUACAACAAAGCACAAGUUUUGCGAAUGGAACAGAUUAUAUUAAAAAUUUUAGCUUUUGACUUAUGCACGCCAACGGCUUAUGUUUUUAUCAACACAUAUGCUGUAUUGCUGGACAUGACAGACAGGCUCAAAUACCUGACUCAAUACAUAUGCGAAUUAGCACUUUUGGAAGCUGACCCAUACUUGCGUUUCCUUCCAUCGUUAAUUUCCGCUGCAGCACUUGCACUGUCGAGACACCUGUUGGAUUAUGCGAUUUGGACUCGUGAAUUGGAAGAGGUAACAUCAUAUUCUCUAGAAGACCUGAAAGAAGUAUUUUUACACCUUUGUAAGACACACAACGCGGCCACAAAACUAGCGCAGCAGGCCAUUCAGGAAAAAUACAGAGCCGAUAAAUACAAGAAAGUAUCUACUAUCAAGCCUGCAGAACUCGAUGAGGCAGCUUUUGAGGCUCUGUUACGCAAACACAACGCUUUUGUUAGAUGUGAAGACACGCAAGAAAAUUCCACAUCCGGUACAAAUAAUGAACACGUUCGGCGGGCGAUCUCUCUGAUGUUCAAUUGAUCCAAAUCAAUCCACUUUCGGAGUUUUUAAUAUUGUUUGAAAAACGCUUAAUAGUCCUUGUUCAUAUUUUCUGUUAUCCCUUCCAUUUUUAUUUGGAUACAGAGUAUAAAUAAUUUAUUUAAGCAACUGAUUUCGAAUUAUGAUAACGCAAAAAAAAAUAAAAGGGAACACAUAUACGAAAAAUUCUGCGGGAGCGUUUUUGAAAAUAUGUUCAUGCAGCGAUAGAAUAUAGACUUACCACUGUAAAAUAUAAAUAUGAUAUGCGUAUCAAAAAGUACUAUGUAACUAACCUUCUGAUUUAUGUUAUUUAAAUUUAUAAAAUAAACUUGUAAUAAAUACAUACGUUGAGCAUAUUUACAUUUAAUUAACAUAUUAAGAUAAACAACUUUAAAACGGUUGCUUAAAUAUAAUGAAAAUAUACUCUGUACGUAUCUGUUUGUAGUUUUAAAAAAUAAAAUCCUUUAUUUUAAUUUUUUCCAACCAAACCCUCCCCGAAAUAUGUAAUGAAAUAGUUUUUGCUUACUUUGUAAUGGCUAGUUUCAUGGAGCAAUUUAAUUGAAAAAUUUUUUUUUUUUUAUUUUAUUGGUUAACUAAAAAUAAUAAUUUUCAAUUAAAUUGAAUCGGUAAGUUCGGCAACCGCACAAGCCCAAAAUCAGUUUUGCUGUUAAGAUCAUGGACAUGUACGGGUUUUAUCCUCAUUUUACGAUUGCAAUCAGCUGUGCUAUGUUAACGGCUAGGCAUGCGUACGUUGGUUGUAUGGCUUUUGAUUUUAACACAAAAAAAUGUAUUUGCGCUUGUACACUUGUCGAACUCACCCGUUCAAUAGCUUUCGUGAAACUGGUUAUGAAUGUAAGUUUUCGUUUAUUUUUUCCUAACAUCCUGUUUUCUUUCCUUCAUUGUUUGUGUGAUUUUUAUUAGCCACAAUUUUGAAACAGAAAGUCGGAUUAAUCUAAUUCUCUUUGGCUUUGCCUUUAACUUUAAAUCUGAUAUAGCAAUCGAACGACUUAAUAUUGUUCAUAAAACUCAUUUUGUAUGUAUGUAUGUAACAUAUGUCAAAAACGGGUUGUUUGCAAAAAACUCCUGUUUUUGAAAAGUUCUGAAUUACGGUUGUGUGCACAUUAUUUGAAUAAUACGUAUCGUCACCUUGAUAUAGAAAGGUCUUAACUCAUUUCAUUUCGAAAUUCCGUUUUACACAAAAAUCAGUAGAUUACUCACCAAAGACCAGAAAUAAUUCAAAAAUAACUACUAUAUCAUGAAAUUAGUUUUCAGUAUUUUUAAACCAGUGUUUACAAUAAAUUCGCACCUGAGUAACUUUGGUUUUUAUAAUUACUCUAAAGAAAAAAAAUGUUAUAGGACAUUUCUAUAUUAAGGUAACUAUAUACGAUUAACACAUUAAAACGCUGUGCUGUGAAUACAUUUAUUCCAGGAAACUAAACAAAAACUACUUAUAUAAUGUUGAGAAGUGUUCAGUCUUAACCUAAUGCACUUCUUGAAAUUUGUUCGGUUUCCUUGUUUUGAGUAAUAUUUCACUUAAAAAUCCAAAUCAUGUGUUUGUUUUUAAUUAGGAGCACACAGCUGUAUCUGUAUUUUCUUGGUACUCGUUUCGAUUGUGGCAAAUAUCCUUCAAAUUCUAUGUAUUGUAUUACACAAUAUUUUUAAGUUUCUGUCCUUGUAUUAGAAUAUAUAUUUUUUACUGUAGUAUUAGUGAAAUGAACUGCACAAAAGCAUAUUCAUAAAAUGCUAGCUAUUAUUUUAAAACGGUGAAAUUAUUUAAAAAUUUUAUAAAACAAUUAAAAACUAAUUAAAACUAAUACUUAAUGUGCGCAAUAAUUUUUGUAGGUUUUAGGUUAACAGGGAAUACUUUUUUUAUUUUAUAAAGCCGAUUUUACCAGAUUCCCAGGAAUAAAAAAGAAAACUCAGUGUACUUUGAAGCCCAAUAAUUUUCAGCCGACGAUUUCUUUAAUGCUACCAUUGGAAUCUGUUUAAGAUGACUAUAGCUUGCAUUUAAUAUAAAAGUGCUUGCAUGCUUUAGAAUAAUAGGUUUAAUAUAAAUUCAAAUAAAAUCUAAAAAAAACAACAACGAGUAAACUAAGUAAUGGGUCGAUUAUGUAUAGCAAUGCCACUUUAGUUGGGUCGCCGAUGGGUAACGCCAGUGGGAUGAAAAUUUAUAUUAUGAGUAGCAACUGCAGUUAAGUGCUAUAAAGUUAAAGAUCCAUCCUUGAGUGUAAAAAGACUGCUGGAACAAUUGCUAAAAUAAUAAAUUUUCUCAGUCAAAUUUUCCCCUGCAAUUCCUCAAAAAUUCAGUUGCCAAUAUAACAACUCAGUUGCCAUCAGCCACUUGCAGUACACUGAAGGUUGGUUGCAAACCCUAAUCGACCCAUAAAUGUUUAGUUAUAAUUGAUGACCAGAUUCAUAAGUUUCUCAAAUUAAAGCAUCGCCUAUUAAAUUGGCGUACUAUGUAUGUACGUAUAAGUAUCUUUCCUCACUUCAACCCGAAUUGUAUAAGAAAAUAAACAAUUUAACUUAAAAAUAUUUGCUUAAAUUAUAUAAAAUAAACAAGGAAAAAAUUGCAUCGCAACGGUAAUGGGACCGGUUUUGUCUUAUUCAAAUAACAUUUAUUUAAUAGGUAAGUUCUUGAAGAAAAAUAUUGUGAAGAAACUAAUAAAGCAGUGGAGGCAAAUCAAUUUUGUUUAACAAA